CAUAUAGCAAACUAAUCAUGAACGCAAUUCUGACAUUAUUGUGUUUGCUAUCAAUUGUAUUGUCAUUAAAUGCGCUCACUUUUAGUCCCGAUGAGAUAUCUCAGGUCACAAACGGACGCAACUUUAAAGGCCGGGUAGUGUUGGUCACCGGGUCGUCGUCGGGCAUCGGAGAGGCUAUUGUCAAACUGUUCAGUCUAUUGGGCGCUAAAGUGGUGGUCACCGGCAGGAGAGCGGCUGAAGUGAAACGAGUGGCUCAGGAGGCACAGCAAUUAUCGCCAGAAAAACUUAAACCGUUGGAAGUGGUGGCAGAUGUAGCCAAAAGUGAUGAUCUGGAGAGACUGAUGGACGAGACAAUUAAAACCUAUGGUAAAUUAGACGUAUUAGUCAAUAACGCGGGCAUAUACAAGAUAGCUGCUUUUAGUGACACCAAAAAUUACAUGAAAAUAUACGACCAAACAUUUCAAGUAAAUGUCAGACCUGUGCUUGAGUUAAGCCAAUUGGCUGUACCACACUUGGGGAAGACCAACGGUUCUAUAAUUACCACAUCCAGUCGACUGGCAGAGCAUCCGAUGCCCUACGGUUCAGCUUAUUGUAUGUCCAAAGCGGCCUUAGAUAUGAUGACCAAAGCAUUGGCCCUGGAGUUGGGCCCCAAUAUUAGGGUCAAUUCUAUUAAUCCUGGACUCACUGAGACUAAUCUGAAUAGUGAUCCCGAUGUUGAUCCUGCUUUAAUCAAAGCACUUCAGACCACGAUCAGAAACAAAACACCCCUGGGUCGAUUGGGUUCGCCACUAGAUAUGGCUAAAGCGGUAGUAUUUGUUGCCUCAACCGACGGCCAGUUUAUUAACGGCGCUAACAUUAAUAUCGACGGCGGUAUCAAAGACUUUGGUUUCAAUUAAUUAUAAAU